AUGGCAUCAUGGCUAUCAAUAACUCAAAUAUUUAUCACGUAUAUCGCUCCUCUAAUAUUCUUAUUGAGUCUUUUUGGUUGCUUAAUGAAUACAAUUCUAUUUUCAACUGUUUAUAUGUAUCGUUCUCAGCCAUGUACAUUCUUUCUACUCAUAGCAGCUAUUUCUCGGUUUGUGCAUCUUUUGAAUACGGGAUUGUCACGUGGUUUAGCGAUUAUGAUUGGAAAAGAUGUGACAUUAGUUUCGCCUGUUUUGUGUAAAACGAGAAGUUAUUUGAUUAACGUUUGUUUGGGUAUAUCCAUGACAUGUGAAUGUUUGGCAACAGUUGAUCGAUUUUUAGUAACAUCAAGAAAUGCGAAUUUCCGACGAAUGAGUAAUAUUAAAUUGGCUUAUCGAAUUACUGUUGUUCUUCUGGCUUUUUGGUUGAUUGAAAAUGUUCCAUGUUUUUUAUUCAUCGACAUAAUAAGCGCGAAUAUCUGUGCGAUUCACACUAAUUUUUGGAUGAUUUAUUCGAAAUACGUGAUCAACUGGGUGUCACUGACGAUCGUUCCGUUGAUUAUCUGUAUUUCCUUCGGUUUAUUGGCGUAUCGAAAUAUGCACAGCUUGAAGAACUCACGUCAAUUACAAGGAUCUGAUCGUCAACUGAGUUAUAUGAUUCUUGCCCAAGUCAUUAUCACAAUAAUUCCAAUAAUACCGAGCGCUUUUUUCUUUACGUAUUCAUCAUCAGCUAUUUCUAUUAAUGAAGCAGCGGAAAAGGGCGUUGAGUAUUUCGUCUUCAAUUUUAUCAAUACUCUAACUGGUUUCUUUUUCGGGGUGAGUAGAUAA